AUGGAGCCCUGUCUGUCCCUGGCCCUGCUUGCUGACUCCAUGGGUCUGGUGAUCAACCUCGUUGCUCUGAGCACAGAUUUUUGGAUUGAGGUGGUGGGACCCAUUGCAAUUCAUGCGGGUCUGUGGCUAAAAGGCCCAGUGGAAGACUACAUCCACGUGACUCAGGGCUUCAGUAUCUCAGCGGCAUUGUUAAGCCUGGUGGCUCUGAUCUUCCUAGUCUGGUCCUUCAUUCCCUUGUUGACUGCCCCAGCCCACAGCCUCCUUGUCUCCACCAAAACAGCCUUUGCUGCAGCCCUCUGCAUGAUUGUGGCCAUGUCGGUGUAUACCAGCGAGAAUCUGCACAAGAGGGUACAUUCCCAGCUCCAGGUCUCCUUUGGCUGGUCUUUCUACCUGGGCUGGAUCUCAGCUAUACUCUUGCUCUUUGCAGGUGCCCUGAGUCUGGCUGCACACUGUGGUUCUCGCCGAGCAGAAUAUCGCAGUAUAUGA